AAUAAUAAUAAUUAAACAAAAAGAAACAAACAGCAUUUUGUGCAUUAAACACAUCAAAGAAACAAAUCCUCCAAUCAGUUAAUUGAAACAAGCAAUAAAUUAAAUUUAAUUACAACAAGCAAGAGAGAAGAACCCAACAAACUGAACUAGAAAAAUUGUGUGAGACCGAGAGAGAGACAGAGAGAGAGAGAGAGAGAAAGAAAGAGAGAGAGAGAGAGAGAGAGAGAGAUAGAUCACAAGUGUUAUUUUAAUAGUCCUCGGACGGAAUCAUAUCGAUUCGGAUAAUACCCCGGCCAUUGCCAAAUAGUACAGUGCAGCCUCUGGCCUCCCAAAUUAAAUGUCCAGUUGCCACAUUUGUGCCAUGCGGACGGCGUGUCACUCCCGACAAAUGCGUAUUGUGGUUCACCUUGUGUAAUAUAAUUAUGGCCGAGCGGUCGUUACAAAAGUAUCAGAAAUUGGAUAUAGUGACGGUUGGAAGCAGCUCAGGAAGCAGUGCUAGCAGGGCAUCAACAGGACUCCUUAGGCGGGGGGCACUUGGGUCGAAAGGGAGCCCAUCGCUUAGCUGAUAGAAUGGGUGGCCCGAAAAAAGAAGAAAACCCACCAGGUGGUGGUCCGACUUCGUUGUUUAUCCUCACCGAGGAUAACCCAAUUAGAAAGUACACACGAUUCAUAAUUGAAUGGCCGCCCUUUGAGUACGCUGUGUUAUUGACAAUCAUAGCCAACUGUGUUGUGUUGGCACUAGAAGAGCACUUGCCAGAGGGCGACAAGACAGUAUUGGCACAAAAAUUGGAAAAAACGGAGGCCUAUUUUUUAUGCAUUUUCUGUGUAGAAGCAUCGCUCAAGAUUCUUGCCCUAGGGCUUGUUCUGCAUAAACACUCCUAUCUCAGGAAUAUUUGGAACAUCAUGGAUUUUUUCGUUGUAGUGACGGGAUUCAUGACACAGUACCCACAAAUGGGGCCCGAGGUAGACCUAAGAACACUUAGAGCCAUUCGUGUGCUACGGCCCUUAAAAUUAGUGUCUGGAAUUCCUAGUUUACAAGUAGUUUUAAAAUCUAUAAUCAAGGCGAUGGCACCUUUACUGCAAAUCGGUCUCUUGGUGUUGUUUGCAAUCGUAAUAUUUGCAAUCAUUGGACUCGAGUUUUAUUCGGGCGCACUGCAUAAGACUUGUUAUAGCUUAGAAGAUCCAAACAAACUAGUGAAGGAAGGUGAAUCGGAGACACCCUGCAACACUGACAACAGCACAGAGAAGGCGGGCGGCUCCUUUGUAUGUAAUAGUACGACGAGCAUGUGUCUGGAGAAAUGGGAUGGACCAAAUUCAGGCAUAACAAGCUUUGAUAAUAUUGGGUUUGCCAUGCUGACGGUAUUCCAGUGUAUCACAAUGGAAGGCUGGACGUCAAUACUAUAUUGGACCAACGACGCAUUAGGUUCAACAUUUAAUUGGAUAUAUUUCGUGCCUCUUAUAGUUAUAGGCUCAUUUUUUAUGCUCAACUUAGUUCUUGGUGUCUUGAGUGGAGAGUUUUCAAACGAGCGAAACCGCGUCGAGCGUCGCAUGGAAUUUCAGAAAUGCCGCUUUCGUGCCAUGUUUCAAACAGCAAUGGUCUCGUAUCUUGAUUGGAUAACACAAGCAGAGGAAGUUAUUUUAGCCGAAGAACGUACAACGGAAGAGGAGAAAAUGCAUAUAAUGGAAGCUCGAAGGCGAAAUGCAGCCAAGCGGAAAAAGCUGAAAAGUCUGGGAAAGUCGAAAUCAACCGAUACUGAAGAGGAAGAAGCUGAGGAGGACUAUGGGGAUGACGGCUAUCUGAAAACCCGUUCAAAACCCCAAGGCAGCUGUACAGGAUUCUGGCGGGCGGAAAAGAGAUUUCGCUUCUGGAUACGACACACAGUAAAGACGCAGUGGUUCUAUUGGUUCGUCAUAGUACUGGUCUUUCUGAAUACCGUUUGCGUUGCUGUCGAGCACUAUGGCCAGCCAACAUUUCUCACCGAAUUCCUGUAUUAUGCGGAAUUCAUCUUCCUGGGCCUGUUCAUGUCGGAAAUGUUCAUCAAGAUGUAUGCGCUGGGGCCGCGCAUCUACUUCGAGUCGUCGUUUAACCGUUUUGAUUGUGUCGUCAUUAGUGGUUCGAUAUUCGAGGUGAUCUGGUCUGAGGUCAAAGGUGGCUCAUUCGGUCUGUCUGUGUUGCGUGCACUGCGGCUGUUGCGCAUCUUCAAAGUGACCAAAUAUUGGUCAUCGUUGCGCAAUCUAGUAAUUUCCCUGCUAAAUUCAAUGAGAUCGAUUAUCUCGUUGCUGUUCCUGCUCUUCUUGUUCAUACUGAUAUUUGCACUGCUCGGCAUGCAGCUGUUUGGUGGGCAAUUCAAUUUGCCCGGAGGCACGCCCGAAACCAAUUUCAACACAUUUCCCAUAGCACUUUUGACCGUGUUUCAAAUCCUAACCGGCGAAGAUUGGAAUGAAGUUAUGUAUCAGGGUAUUAUAUCGCAAGGUGGUGCAAAGAAAGGAAUGAUUUACUCUAUAUACUUUAUCGUUUUGGUACUCUUCGGUAAUUAUACGCUUUUAAAUGUGUUCUUGGCUAUCGCCGUCGAUAACUUGGCGAAUGCACAAGAACUUACAGCAGCCGAAGAGGAACAAGUCGAAGAAGAUAAAGAGAAACAACUCCAAGAGCUAGAGAAGGAGAUGGAGGCACUCCAAGGGGAUGGUGUCCAUUUGGAGAACGGUGAAGGCGCCGUCGUUACCAGUAAAGGAAAGGGCAAAAAGAAGGAGGAAGAGAAAAAGGAUGAAGAAGAAGUGACGGAAGGCCCCAAGCCAAUGUUGCCAUACUCAUCGAUGUUUAUACUUUCACCAACAAAUCCCAUACGACGUGGUGCCCAUUGGGUCGUUAAUUUACCAUAUUUUGAUUUCUUCAUAAUGGUCGUCAUCUCAAUGUCAUCAAUAGCAUUAGCAGCCGAAGAUCCCGUUCGUGAGAACUCGAGGCGAAACAAGAUCCUAAAUUAUUUUGAUUAUGCAUUUACCGGCGUAUUCACGAUAGAAAUGUUGCUGAAAAUUGUAGACUUGGGUGUCAUACUACAUCCUGGCAGCUAUUUAAGAGAAUUCUGGAAUAUUAUGGAUGCUGUGGUCGUUAUAUGCGCUGCUGUUAGUUUCGGUUUCGAUAUGAGCGGUAGCAGCGCUGGACAAAAUUUGUCAACUAUCAAAUCGCUUCGUGUUUUGCGUGUACUGCGUCCAUUGAAGACCAUUAAACGCGUACCCAAAUUGAAAGCCGUCUUCGAUUGCGUCGUGAACUCAUUAAAAAAUGUUGUUAACAUUCUAAUCGUGUACAUAUUGUUUCAAUUUAUAUUUUCUGUUAUUGGUGUCCAAUUGUUCAAUGGAAAAUUUUUUUAUUGUACGGACGAAAGUAAACAUACUUCCGAAGAGUGCCAGGGUUCGUAUUUUAAAUAUGAGGAAGACGAGUUGCUGCCCAAACAGGAGAUGCGAGUGUGGAAGCCACGCAGCUUCCACUACGAUAAUGUUGCCGCCGCGAUGUUGACGCUAUUCGCUGUACAAACCGGCGAAGGAUGGCCACAGGUCUUGCAACACUCAAUGGCUGCCACUUAUGAAGAUAGGGGUCCAAUCCAAAAUUUCCGGAUCGAAAUGUCCAUCUUUUAUAUAGUAUAUUUUAUUGUAUUUCCAUUCUUCUUCGUCAACAUAUUCGUGGCCUUGAUAAUCAUAACGUUUCAAGAGCAAGGCGAAGCUGAAUUGCAAGAUGGUGAAAUUGACAAAAAUCAGAAAUCUUGUAUUGAUUUUACGAUCGGAGCUCGACCACUGGAACGUUACAUGCCCAAAAAUCGUAACACUUUCAAAUACAAAGUGUGGCGCAUUGUUGUCUCUACGCCCUUCGAAUACUUUAUAAUGAUGCUGAUUGUGUUUAACACGCUGUUAUUGAUGAUGAAGUAUCAUAAUCAAAGUGAGAUGUAUGAAAAGUCACUCAAAUAUAUCAACAUGGGAUUCACAGGCAUGUUCAGUGUUGAAACUGUGCUCAAAAUAAUUGGAUUCGGUGUCAAGAACUUUUUCAAGGAUCCGUGGAACAUUUUCGAUCUAAUCACUGUGCUGGGUAGCAUUGUGGAUGCCCUCUGGAUGGAAUUCGGGCACGAUUCGAACUCAAUCACGUCGGCUUCUUGCGUUGUUCGUGCGGCCCGUCUUAUAAUGCUCGCUAGGAUAUACAUACGCAUUCUCCUCUGGACAUUUGUACAAUCAUUUAAAGCACUUCCAUAUGUCUGUUUGCUUAUUGCAAUGCUAUUUUUUAUAUACGCCAUUAUUGGCAUGCAGGUUUUUGGCAACAUAAAAUAUGAUCCGGACACGCAACUGAAUCGUCACAAUAACUUCCAAUCGUUCUCUGGAGGAAUCAUGCUGCUCUUUCGAUGUGCAACGGGCGAGGCGUGGCCAAACAUAAUGCUGGCCUGCUUAAAGGGCAAGGCCUGUGACGAUGAUGCCGAGAAGGGUGCCGGGGAGUACUGUGGUUCGACGUUGGCGUACGCCUAUUUCGUAUCGUUUAUAUUCUUUUGUUCAUUUCUCAUGUUGAAUCUGUUCGUGGCCGUCAUCAUGGAUAAUUUCGAUUAUCUCACGAGGGACUCCAGUAUAUUGGGUGCUCAUCACUUAGACGAAUUUGUCCGCAUAUGGGCGGAAUAUGAUCCAAAUGCGACUGGUAGAAUACAUUAUACCGAAAUGUAUGACAUGCUGAAAAAUAUGGAUCCUCCUUUGGGAUUCGGUAACAAGUGUCCCAACCGUCUUGCCUACAAGAAACUUAUACGUAUGAAUAUGCCAUUGGACGAUGAAUUGAGAGUCCAAUUCACCACAACGUUGUUCGCUUUGAUUCGGGAGAAUCUAAGCAUUAAGAUGCGAGCGCCUGAGGAAAUGGACCAGGCGGACAUGGAACUCAGGGAAACCAUCACAAACAUCUGGCCAUUGCAGGCCAAGAAAAUGUUAAACUUACUGGUUCCACCCAUUGAUCAGCUAAACAAAGGAAAACUGUCAGUUGGUAAAAUCUAUGCAGGUUUCCUUAUAUUGGAAUCGUGGCGAAAUACGAGAUUUGGCCAGAUUGAUUCAGGCAUGCCGCGGAAGAAGCCCGAAGAUGAUGAUGAUCGUAAAUAUAGCCCAACGGCAGUCGAGGAGCCGAUGCUGGAACUGCAGGAUGCAUCAAGACAUCCAUCACAAGAAUCGCUGACUGGAGCCGAUGCUGGCCAUUUACAUCCUGGACAUUCGUAUAUGAAUGGCCAUCGGCAUUCGCCUAGUUUGAGACACAACGGUUCUCCAUUGGCCAGAUCGCCAAGUCCAAGACGGCGCGGCCAUCAAUACAUACAUCAUGAUAUCGGGUUCUCCGAUACCGUAUCUAAUGUUGUAGAGAUGGUCAAGGAGACUCGCCAUCCUAGGCAUGGCAACAGUCAUCCACGGUAUCCAAGAGGUUCAUGGUCAGCAUCGACAAGUCCGGCCCGUUCGCCCUCGCCUUCUCGUUAUGGUGGUCAUUUGUCUCGCAGUAAACGCACUCAACUGCCUUAUCCCACAUAUGGGACAACAAGUUUAUGUCAAAGAUCACGAUCGCCGAGUCCCGCUCGACUUCAGGAGAUGCGUGAACGAGACAGACUUGGUUAUGGGAUUGAUAUGGGUGGCACGCAUGUGCAGCAUAGCUACCCAACGCUAGCAUCUCGUCGUGCUGGCAUUGGACGACGCCUACCACCGACUCCAAGCAAACCGUCGACCCUGCAGCUCAAGCCAACCAACAUCAAUUUUCCAAAGUUGAAUGCAAGUCCUACACACAUGCACCACUCAACACCCCACAGUGUUCACUCACUGCCACAUCACCGCGACCUGUUGCGGGAUCCGAGAGACGUGUAUUAUAGUAGUCGAGAAAGGGAGCGUGAUCGUGAACGCUUCAGAGAUCGAGAUCGAUUGCACGAGUACGACCUGCGCUAUGAGUACCGGGAUCGGGAACGGGAGUUGUACGAGCGUGAACGCGAUCGUGAGCGUGAGGUGGAAAGAGAAAGACUGGAAUAUAUAGCACCGUUGUCGUUUGAACAAGCAUUGGCUAUGGGCCGAACGGGUCGUGUACUGCCAUCUCCAGUUCUUAACGGUUUUAAGCCAAAGAGCGGACUUAAUGCCCGACACUCCGAUUCGGAUGAGGAGGAUUGGUGCUAGCAAAGGCUUUGAUUGCGAUCGCGUAAUCGAGUGGAACAGAUCUGGGUAUAGCAUCCGGCCAAUUGGUCGUUAUCAGCACCAAACUUAGAUCACAAUUUUGAUACGAUACGAAACAAAAGAUCUCGAAAUACAACCACCCCAACAAGAACACCAUCAGCAUCAGCAUUAGCAUCGGCAUCGGCAUCGGCAGCAUCAGCAUCAUCAUCAGCAACAGCAUUCGAUAUCAAAUUAGCUCAAGACAGCUCACAUGCAUAUGCAUUAGACCCAAAUCGACAACCGCAAACUCAACCGCAAUCGCAACAAUUUUUAGCACGACAGCCAGUUACUUGCUACGAGUACUCGCAUAGCGAAGCUUCACCGUUGACAAUAUCAUUAGUCCCAAUGGCACUGUCAUUACCAGCAACAAGAGCAACAUCGCCCCUAUCGGAUGUACUAUUUAACAGAAAAUUAAGAACAACAGCAAAAACAACAACAACAACACCAAUGACACCAAGAAAUCAAGCAAUUAUAUUACCAAUACAAAUACAAAUACCAAUACCAAUAACAGUAACAACAUCCGUAGAUAUUCCAAAGGUUUAUUCGGAUAACGAUAUAAUUUAUAAUACCGCCACGGCUAAUAAUAGAUUUGCGCUAUCUGGCGGUGAUAUAGUUGCGCAUCGUUAUCGCGAAAAUAGCCCCAAUCAAGAUCACGAAAAUAUAGCACCAGAAGACCAUCAGCAGCAGCUGUAUUCGUAUCAUACACUUUAAAUUUGCAGAACCAGAGCCCGCUGAAAUUAAAAACAAAAAAAAAAAUAAAUAAAUUAAAAAAAAAAAGCAAAACAAAAUAUCCAUAAUUUUCAAUGUAAAGCGAAAAAGUGAAUAACUCAAUGUCAUAAUGAUGUGGAACGUAUAAUGCCUAAAAAUAUUUGGAACAUUUGUAGACAUACAUAGCUAUAAGUAGAUAGUAGUAUCUAUAUAUAUAUAUAUAGGUACACGCAUACAUCGUAAGCUAUCUAGUACAUAUAUAUUUACAUACAUAACUCGAUGAAUCUGUAAUCCAUUUGCAAGCGUUUUUGUCUUGUUUAUAUAUAUAUUUAAAGUUAAUAAUUCAAUUAUGUACAUUUAAAUG